AUGAACGUUUCAUCAGCAAACACAAACAGUUGUUCUCUUCCAAUGGCUCAUGGUAUUCCACUUAUCACAGUCAACGCUAUCGUAUGCGUUUUGGGAUCCCUUGGAAAUGUGCUUGUUUGUUUGGCCAUUGCUACAAACUCCCGCCUACGCCGAGCUUCCAACUACCUUCUAUUUAGCUUAGCAAUCGCUGAUCUAAUCAUGACUUUGAUAUGCGAGCCAAUCCUUUUGAAGUUCAUCAGCCAGUUAACCUUCUUCCACAAGUGCAGAACGAGCACGGAAGGACUUGUGUACGAUGUUUUAACCAGCCUUUCAUGCCAGACUUCAUUCCUCCAUCUGGCUUCAAUCAGUAUUGAUCGUUUCGUUGCCGUUGCAUUUCCACUGCGUCACAAAAUCUUCAUGGAAAAAGGCGGACUUAAGAUUAUGCUCAUAGCAUCAUGGUCCCUUCCGAUUCUUAAUUCCGUUUUAUGCAAUAUCAUUUCGACAGGUUCCACUUACUUAUAUUUUGUCGGAGUUGGAAUCUUUUCCUUCAGCGGUUUAAGUAUUUUCUUUUUUCACUUUCUGAUUGUGGUAGUUCUGCUCUACUACAGGAAGAAAACAAAGCAGUUAAGAGCUCGAACAGUUUCAGUCCGGGUCACUUGCACACUGGCUAUCGCAACAGGCGUCUUCAUCGUUUGUUGGGUUCCAUUAAUUACUGUCACGUUUGCCGGGCGGAGAAGCUUUCUACACUUUUGGAUGGGAACUCUGGCUAUGUCAAACUCAGCCAUGAACUUUGUGAUUUACUCUGCUAGAAUGGGGGACUUCAAAGAUGCAUAUGUUGGCAUCUUACGCAAGAUGUUCUGCCUGUAG